AUGCAAAAAUGUUGCACCUCACGCUUAGAGUGGGAUGACUCACGCGUCCGCGCGCUACAGGCCUUUAAUCUGGACUCGGAACGUGUAGCAACCCUCGAGAAAAUACAACGUGGCACCGCCAGCGUAGAUGAUUGGGACCGUCCUGUCCUCUCGCAUGGGGACUUGUCUGACCGGAAUAUUCUCGUGGACCCCUACACGCUCGCGGUGACGGGUUUCCUGGACUGGGAGAUGGCUAAUAUUAUGCCCGCGUACUACGAGUACGUUGCGGCACGACUAUGUGGGGGCCAUGAACCUGAGUGGAGAAGGGAACUAUUAGAUGUGCUAAGGUCUGUCCUGCGCCACGAGUGCGAUACUAGGCGUCGGGAAGAUCUGGAUGCUGUCGAUAUUGAUAAAGGAGAGGAAAGAUAUAGGAGGACAUUAGCGGCGUGGGAUGCUGUUGUCGAUGUUGAGAGAAUCGCGCAGGAAUACGACGAUAACUGCGCAUGGACAUUUGAAACUGGCCUACCAGAUGUUUCAUGA